AUGACUGAUGAAGAAUUUCAGGCUCUUCUGUAUGAGGUAAAUCGGACGGAAGAUGGUACCGCCACGAUGGCUGAGGGUCUAGACCUCGCAUCAAGGGCAGUAGAAGGGGGUGAGAAGGACGAUGGAGAGAACAACUCAGAAGGCUUAGCCGAACGACCAGUAGACGAAGUGGGGACCCUAGGGCAGAACAGCAAGCCGAAGAGGGUGUCGCAAAGAUGCUUAGGGAAGUGGGCAUCCAGUAAAGCAAAGGUAAACACGGCGGCAGAUACGGUGGAGAUUUUAAGCGAAGAGGAAGGGACCACUCCCACAAAACCUGGGGAGGGAUCCUUACCCGCUACUGAUUUGGAGGAUACUGCGGUGGCAACCGAAGCGGUCUCCCAAACGCCGAGUGACCAGGGCGAAGAGACGACGCAGAUGGCUGAGGGGUCGGACCUCGCAUCUGCACCAGCCGGUCACGUCGAGCCGAGAACUGAAGGUACUCGUAUCAGUACUGAGACCCGACCCUCUGCCACAGACCAGCCUUCUAAACACGCUGAGAAGGAACUGGAAGAUGAGCGAGAUAGUGAUGAGGACAGAUACCGUGCAGAGAGAAAACGGAAGGGGAAGGAACACCGGAGGGAACAGAGUGAUAGCGAAUACGCUGUCAGUGAAGAGUCAGAAUCGGACAGCGACAUUUCCUUGGAAAAUGAGGAGUACAGUGAGCAACAGCUUCCGCACGAUCAUCGGGAGCUAUCUGGAGGAGGCGAUAGGAUCGGAGUGGCGGAGCAGAGAACGGGGAAUUCCCCCUAG